AUGGUGCGGCUACUAUACGACUUCGCAAAGGGCGCGGCAGCCCAGAAGAGCAGGGACACAACGCAGCUAAUCAUAAUACGGUGCCACUCUACAACGUUCCUCGUCCACCGCGACAUCAUCGUCGAGUGUUCGUCGUACUUUCAAGGCUGCAUAAUGGGAUUCUACAGGGAGGGCUUCGACAGGUCUGUAGACUUUAGCGACGACGACGACGUCCGGCCUGAGUGCGUAUAUGCCUACUUGUCCUUCGUCCACCACUGGUAUUUUGCCGCAUGGGCUAACGGGAAGCCAAGCGGGCAGGGCCUGAUGUCUAUCGCCUCGCGCAUGACACUGUCCUCGGUAGCGGAGGCAAUCAUUCUGUCUGACAGGCUGCUUAAUCGGGCGAUGCUCAUCCUGCUCAAGGAGGUCUUUAUUGGGCUCCUCCAGGCAAGGCAGACGGCUUGGCUGGACGCCCAAAGCCACGAACAGGAUUUGGGGCGACGCUGA